CCUCUACUCUCUCAAAACCCCCUCCCCCUCCCCCUCCCCCUGUAAACAUUUUUUAUAUAAUAAAUAUUUCUAUUAUUCUCCAUUUUCUAAAUCAUUUAUGUUUAGAUUCAUCUAGUUAUUUUUAUAUAUAUAUAGUUGGUCUUUUUUUAGUUGUUUGUUACUUUUUUUUUUCUCUUUUGAGAGAGAGAGAGAGAGGGAGAGAAUGCGGCGGCGGCAGCGGGUGGCGGUGGUCGGGGCGGGGAUAAGCGGAAUGGCGGCGGCGUAUGCGCUUGCCAAGGCCGGCGCGGAGGUCGUGGUUUACGAGAAGGAGGAUUACUUGGGCGGCCACGCGAAGACCGUCGCCGUCGACGGCGUCGACGUCGACCUUGGCUUCAUGGUCUUCAAUCGGGUAACAUACCCCAACAUGAUGGAAUUGUUUGAGAGUUUGGGAGUUGAGAUGGAGAGGUCAGACAUGUCCUUCUCUGUGAGCUUGGAUGGUGGCAAAGGCUGUGAAUGGGGGAGCCGAAGCGGCUUCUCCGGCUUGUUUGCUCAGAAAAGCAAUGCAUUCAAUCCUUACUUCUGGAGAAUGCUCAAAGAGAUUAUCAAGUUUAAGGAGGAUGUUCUCAAGUACCUUGAGGAACAUGAGAAUAAUCCUGAUCUCGAUCGCAACGAGACUUUGGAGCAAUUCAUUACAUCACAUGGAUACUCUCAAUUAUUUCAGAAAGCUUAUCUUAUUCCAAUCUGCGCUUGUGUAUGGUCGUGUCCUUCGGAAGGAGUGAUGAGCUUCUCAGCAUUUUCUGUGCUUUCAUUCUGCCGCAACCAUCAUAUUCUGCAGCUCUUCGGCCGUCCGCAAUGGCUCACUGUCAAAUGCCGAUCACAUUCAUACGUGAAUAAGAUAACAAAAGAACUAGAAAACAUGGGCUGUCAAAUUAAAACAAGCUGUGCAGUUGAAUCAGUCGUAAGUAUUGACGGAGGCUGUCGUGUGUUGGGGAUAGACGAUUCAGACGAGACAUACGACAGUUGCAUAAUUUGUGCACAUGCACCGGAUGCUUUAAAGAUUUUGGGAACGCAAGCAACAUAUGAGGAAUUGAGAGUACUUGGCGCUUUUCAAUAUGUAAACAGUGACAUAUAUCUUCAUUGUGACAAAACUCUAAUGCCGCAAAAUCCAUCAGCAUGGAGUGCCUGGAAUUUUCUUGGAACCACAAAAAAUGGCGUAUGCGUUACGUAUUGGUUGAAUGUGCUUCAGAAUCUUGGUUCCACCACCCAACCUUUUUUGGUGACAUUGAAUCCUCCUCACCUUCCGGAUAACAUCUUACUUAAAUGGCGCACUGGACAUCCUGUUCCAUCAGUUGCGGCCUCAAAAGCUUCUCUUGAGCUGAAUCAAAUUCAGGGCAAAAGAGGAAUAUGGUUUUGUGGGGCAUAUCAAGGUUACGGUUUCCACGAGGAUGGACUCAAGGCCGGACUAGCCGCUGCGUACGGGUUGCUCGGAAAGGAGUGUGCUCUCCUGGAGAACCCAAAACAUAUGGUGCCUUCACUGACGGAAACUGGAGCACGGUUUCUAGUUACAAGAUUUCUCAAUCGGUUCAUCUCUACCGGUAAUCUAACGUUGCUUGAAGAAGGAGGCACUAUUUUCAGUUUCGGACAAGCCGAAAAGAAGUGUCAUGCGAAUUCCGUUUUGAGAAUACACAAUCCCUUAUUCUACUGGAAGAUUGCGACAGAAGCUGAUUUAGGCUUAGCAGAUGCAUAUAUAAAUGGGUAUUUCUCCUUUGUUGAUGAGCAAGAAGGCCUUCAGAAUCUUUUCCUAAUUCUGAUUGCUAACCGCGAUCUGAGGAGUACUUCUCACAAUGUAAUUGUUAAAAGGGGUUGGUGGACGCCAUUACUUCUGUCAGCUGGACUCGCAUCCGCCAGAUACUUUUUCCGCCACAUUUCUAGGCAGAACACUAUAACACAAGCUCGUCGAAACAUCUCCCGCCACUAUGAUCUGAGCAACGAUUUUUUCUCGCUAUUUUUGGACGAUACGAUGACGUACUCUUCUGCAAUUUUUAAGUCAGCGAACGAAGACUUAAAAGUUGCGCAGCUACGAAAAAUACAUCUUCUUAUUGAAAAGGCUAGAAUCGAUGGCAAGCACGACGUUCUUGAGAUUGGUAGCGGAUGGGGAAGCCUAGCAAUAGAAGUCGUGAAGCGCACCGGUUGCAAAUACACAGGAAUCACAUUAUCUGAAGAACAACUUAAGUAUGCGACAAAAAAAGUGAAAGAAGCUGGUCUACAGGACCGCAUUACAUUCUUGUUAUGCGAUUACCGCCAACUCCCACGUUCGCGCAAAUAUGACAGGAUUAUAUCAUGUGAGAUGAUUGAAGGAGUUGGUCAUGAAUACAUGGAGGAAUUCUUUGGCUGCUGCGAAUCCGUUCUUGCUGAAGAUGGCGUAUUCGUCCUCCAGUUCAUUUCAAUACCGGAUGAAAGAUACGACGAGAACAGGAGAAGCUCUGACUUCAUAAAGGAAUACAUUUUCUCUGGAGGAUGUCUUCCUUCUUUGAGUAGAAUAACAUCGGCAAUGGCCGCCGCUUCUAGAUUAUGUGUCGAGCAACUUGAAAACAUCGGCAUCCAUUAUUAUCAGACGUUGCGAUACUGGAGGAGCAAUUUUGCGGCGAAUAAACAGAUAAUUCUCGCUCUGGGGUUCGACGACAAGUUCGUCAGAAUGUGGGAGUACUACUUUCUCUACUGUGCUGCCGGUUUCAAAUCGCGUACACUGGGAAACUAUCAGAUGGUGUUCUCGCGCCCUGCUAACCUGAAAGCCUUCAGCGAUCCAUACGCGAGCUAUCCAUCAGCUUAGCGGUGAUAUCUCCACAAGUUUUGGAUAAUAAGAAGCCUCAAUUGAUCCAAAUGGUUCGUAUAGUCCACAAUUUGCCGAUUCUCUACGCAAUUUUCGAUUGAUUUUUUGGAUCACUGCUGUAAUUUUUUUAAAAUUUGCCUUGAGAGAUUGCUUUUCCUUUCGAUUCAUUAUAUUGCGUUGUGCUAAUAACUUCGUCGCAAUGUGAAAUCAUUUCUAGAAUAAUAACUUUUCUCAUUUGGAAGAUUUUUCUUAUUCAAAUUUCAUGUACUCUUAUCAUUAAGUGCCUGUUUGGCCUUACUUUUUAUAUAACUGUAUUUCAUUUUGAGAA